AUGGCAACAAUUAGGAAUGAAAAUAAAGAGAAUCGUUUACCCGAUAUACAAAAGCAUAACGCCAUGGCCGCCCAACAAAAAAGGACUGCAUUAGGUCAACGAUCCAACAUCAAUGUGGCCGCUAAAACAAAACAGCCCUUGGGAAUUUCCAACACAAAUAACGCCAUUUUGAAACCCAGUGAGAAGAUUUUGAAAAAAAUCGAAAAUAACUCAAAUAAUCUUGAAAAUAGUUCCGUGAACGACGAAAACGAUGAGUGUCUCAAAGAAAAUCGAAAAAAUUUGGUCAACCCCAUUGUGCCAUGUGCUCAAUUUGAAGCCUUCAAAGUCUAUGAAGAUCAGGCCUAUGAAGAGCGAAUGGCAAGAAUUGAAGAGAAGCUCAAAAGUAGAAUCAAACACACAGGCCUCAUUCAGGUGUACAAAGGCACUGCUGAAGAUAGAUUCUACACAAAGACUGAGGUGGCUGAGCUGGAAAGGAAGAAAAGAGCUGAAGAUGAAGCCAAAGGUAUCUUCCAUCCCAGAAAGGAACUGGCAGAUGUUCUUCCAGUACCCAUUCCCAUGAGCAUUGAGAAAUUUUAUGGUGAAAAUAUAUCCAAAGCAGAAGAUGUGCUGCUCAGAGGAAAUAAGAGCACCAAAGACAUCUUCUUUGAGAUGGAAGAGUACAGGUCUGAUAUCUACAAGUACCUAAGAGAACAUGAGCUGCACCACAGACCAAAGCCUGGUUAUAUGAAGAAACAGCCAGAUGUUACCUCAAAUAUGAGGACUAUUCUUGUUGAUUGGCUUGUUGAGGUGGCUGAAGAGUAUAAACUCCACAAUGAAACACUGUUUCUGGCUGUCAAUUUCAUUGAUAGAUUCUUGAGCUAUAUGUCUGUUGUUAGAGCUAAGCUGCAAUUGGUUGGGACAGCUGCAAUGUUUCUUGCAUCGAAAUAUGAGGAAAUCUAUCCACCAGAUAUUACAGAGUUUGUUUAUAUAACAGAUGAUACUUACAACAAGAGACAAGUCAUCAGAAUGGAGCAUCUUAUCCUUAAGGUUCUUGGUUUUGAUUUGUCAAUUCCUACUCCAUUAACUUUUGUCACAGCUGCAAUGUUUCUUGCAUCGAAAUAUGAGGAAAUCUAUCCACCAGAUAUUACAGAGUUUGUUUAUAUAACAGAUGAUACUUACAACAAGAGACAAGUCAUCAGAAUGGAGCAUCUUAUCCUUAAGGUUCUUGGUUUUGAUUUGUCAAUUCCUACUCCAUUAACUUUUGUCACAGCCAUUUGUGUGAGCAAUAAAUUGAAUGAGAAGACCAUGUACUAUGCUAUGUACCAGUGCGAAUUGGCGCUAUUAAACGGAGACGCCUACCUCGAGUUUCUGCCCUCCGCGAUCGCCGCUUCCUCAAUAGCUAUCGCCAGACACACCCUCCAGGAGGAAAAGGAGGAGGCAAUUUGGCAGGAGCAGCUCGUGGCAACGACGGGCUACGAGCUUGCUCAAUUGAGGCAACCGAUCGAGUUCCUCCUACAGAUGCUCUCGAUCGCCCCCACUUACCCCCAACACGCCAUCCAGGAUAAGUACAAGUCGCAAAAGUACAUGCACGUGUCCACUUUGAAGGUUAAUGAUAAGCCGAUCGAUUUUUAG